AUGUCGACAACAACAGACACCAAUCAACAAAUCAUUGUUGUUGUUGUAGCUGGAGGUGGCCCAGUUGGUCUAACAUUUGCGCUUAAUUUAACAAUGAUGAUGGGCAAAAAUGCUAAGAUCAUUAUUUAUGAGGGACGAUGGUUCGUUGAUGGUCAAGGUGAGAUGCGUUGGCAAGACGAAAAACAAGGAAAAACACGUCGUGAUCAAGUUGUAACAUUACAAGAUCAUGUCAUAGAACAAAUGCCUGAUUAUAUUAAACAAGGUCUUUUUCGAAACAUAGAAGAACGUGUUUGGCCAACAUCAAGAAAUAUUCCAAUUCGAGAAGUUGAAGAUCGUCUCUUUGAUCUUCUAAAACCAUUUGUGCACAAUGGUCAAAUUGAACUUGUUCCAGAAAAUUUAAAUGAACAAUCCGAAUGUCUCAUUAAAGGUAAUUUCGACAUUUUAGUUGGUGCAGAUGGUGCGAAUUCUUUUGUACGUCGUUAUUGUAAUAUUCAAAUGAUAAGUGAAGGUCUUGAAUAUGCAUGUGGCGUAGCGUAUAAUAUUCCAAAUGAUGUUCCGUCAUCAGAAGCACCACUUCAUCAAGCAAUGAAUUGUGUUUUAACUGUUAGUCAAACUCGUUAUUUGGUUAAUUCAUCUACAAGUCGACACGGCUAUUUGAACAUUCGUCUUACACACGAUGAAAUGGAUGAAUUACGAAAUCGAUUACAAACGUUUCAAUCAAACAAUGAGCCGAUAAAUUUAUUAGAUUAUAACAAAUGUCCACAAUCACCUGUGUGGACAAUUAUUCGACAAGGUUUAGACUUUUUUAGAAUAUCUCCAAAAUAUGUUUUUCGUGUCAUACCAAUUGAAAUUAAUGUUCGUCAUGCAUCGAUUGUUGUUCGUGAACUUCGCUUCGAAAUAGAUAAAAGUGAACGAAAACCAAGACAAAAUGAUGAGAAAAAGUACAAAACUGCACUAGCAUUUCUUGCUGGCGAUGCAGCAAUGUGUGUUCAUUUCUGGCCUGGUCGAGGAAUGAACAGUGGAAUGAAAGCUGCGAUGGCUUUAGCGCGUAACAUUGUUCGUACAUGCACAUCGAAAAACUCAAUUAACAUACGCAAACCAUUACGAUUCUUGGAUUUUCUCGAUUAUGAAGGCUUUAUGGCUCGACUUCGAGCGCGUGAACAGCAAGGUCGUUCGUUACGUGUAUUAGUUAAUCCUAUUGACAAGUCUGUUGAAGAAUCGUAUUCGUAUGGUCAUUCGUAUCAGUGUUAUGAGAAAUAUACGAAGAAGUUGAUUAGAAAGUUGAAAGAAACUCGAGACCGUCUUGAAGAACGUCCUGAAUGGCCACAUCAUGCGAGUCCAAUCUCAGAUGACAAAUUAAGCAAUACAUUACAAUGUAUAUCCCAUCUGGCUGUUGCUCAGCUAUCAUUAGCAAAUCCAUGGCCAACAAGAGCAAUGAGUGGGGUGGAAGUAUUAUGCGAAGAUAUUUACCCUUACGAUUUAAAAAACGUUUUCCCCGUACCAGCAGCUCCCUCGGCAAAUGUAAGAUGUGCUCCAUCGGCUCCGAUCCUUGAUAAAUAUCAUGUGUUAUGGAUAAUAGGCGAGAAAAAAAAUGAAAGUUUUAAUAAUCUUAUUAGUGAUGUUCGAAAUUUGCAGAAUGCUCCCAAAUCAUGCACAGAUACAGACUCUGAUCAUAUUCUGACUGUUCUGAAAACCGUCGAAGAAACCGAAGAAUGGGUUCAAAGAAAUAGAUUAUUGAUUAGUCAGCCAGAUGUUAGAUUUAAAGUUGUAACAGUAUGGGAAAUAGGAGCUGACAAAACGGCAAUUGAUAUCAUUCGUGCUGUUCGUUCUACACUAUCACGAGCACCUGUGCUGAUUUUUACGAAUAAAUUCCAAGAAGUUCAAGCAGCCCUUCAAUAUCCGAAUGUGAUUUCAACUGAUGCUGAACUCGAAGUAAAAGAAUUUGUUGGAUUUAGACAGGAAACACUUUGGAAUGCUGGUUAUCCCGUACGUAAUGAAAGCCAUGAAAAAACAAUAGUAUCUUCAGCGUUGCCAUACCCUACAAGCAACUCUAAUCGAUCAUUGCUUCCAGCCCUACCAACUUCGAUCAGUUUUUUUCAAUUAUCUUCAUCGUCAUCAAGGCCAAUGCCAUCGAAUUCUACAUUAAAACCGAUGAUACUUUGGAUCGAUUCACCUUAUAAUGAUCUAGAACUGACGAAGAGAAUUCAAGAACGCCAUCAAACAGUUAAAAUCAACUUCCAAACAACAUACAAAGAAGCAGAAGAAUAUUUAACUGUUAACCUACGUCAAAUACGAAGACUACCCGCAUUUAUCACUAUAUGUCGAGGUUUUUAUAGAAAAGACGAAAAAAACUAUACGGAUAUUGCUCAUCUAUUUGAUAUACUUAAUCUUGAAGAAUUACCUCUGGCAGUUUAUACAAGUAGUGUAAUCAAUUUAUUAGGAAAAAUAAACAAUCCUCCAGAACGAGUCAAAAUUUUUGAUCAGCCAAGUGCUUUGUUUGGUUUCAUUAAUGAUUGUUUACAAAAUAAAUGUUAA